CGACUCCCACUCCCCCGGCUCCAGCCCAUCGGCCUAAGGCGCCGUCGCGACCCGCAGCCCGGCUCGUGGACCCGACCGGCCACAGCCGCUCUCCGGCGCCAUGUCGCAGAGCGGUGUCCCCGGGCUGCAGGAGGAGAACCUGCAGGGCUCUUGGGUGGAACUGCACUUCAGCAACAACGGGAAUGGGAGCAGUGUCCCAGCCUCGGUUUCUGUUUAUAAUGGUGACAUGGAAAAAAUACUGCUGGACGCCCAGCACGAGUCUGGAAGGAGCAGCUCCAAGAGCUCCCACUGUGACAGCCCACCUCGCUCACAGACACCGCAAGAUACGAACAGAGCUUCUGAGGCAGAUACACAUAGCAUUGGGGAAAAGAACAGCUCUCAGUCUGAAGAAGACUAUAUUGAGAGAAGGAAAGAAGUGGAAAGCAUCCUGAAGAAAAACUCAGACUGGAUAUGGGACUGGUCAAGUCGGCCCGAAAACGUCCCCCCCAAGGAAUUCCUCUUCAAGCACCCAAAGCGCACAGCCACUCUCAGCAUGAGAAACACGAGCGUUAUGAAGAAAGGGGGCAUCUUUUCGGCAGAAUUUCUGAAGGUUUUUCUUCCAUCUCUGCUGCUCUCGCAUCUGCUGGCCAUUGGCCUCGGGAUCUACAUUGGAAGGCGCCUGACCACCUCAACCAGCACCUUCUGAUGAAGACAGGAAUCAGCUUUGUUCACAAGUGGGGAUUCUGAAUUUACCACAGAGCCAACUGAAGAGAGCUUGAUCCUGGGUGGCUGCACAACGGGUGUGUGUCUGUCCUGGAAACGCUGUGUUCUCAGUUAGUGCUACUGAAGAGUGACACCAGAACCACACUAACCCGUGAUCACGCCUGUGGGUCAGGGAAUGAGCAUGUCAGACUGGUUGUAUCUACUGCAAUAGCUGGUAGUAAAAUUUUCUUUGGAUGUUAUACCUGAAUAUAAAUAGUUUUAACGUAUGAGUCACGAUGUAUGUAGUACUUUAACAAAUUAUCUGGGACUGUAGUUCAGUUCAAGCUGUAUUUCAGAAGAACGAAUGAUGUCGAUAGGAAAACUACUACAUUACGGGGCUUGUCCAGAGUUAAGUAUUGUGGCCUUAUGUUCGUACGGUAGUGCAGAAAACACCUUAUGCUUAUUAAUUUAAGUGGAUGCAGGCUGUGGACUGCAGACUGCAGUUAGCUAUGCUGAUUGUUCUUUGUUAAGCAAGAAAUCAAAAACCGAGGUGGGAACUCCUGUACACCUCACACGCUAAACUGCUCUGGCUCUGGCGGUAUGCUGACUUAAGCCUCGGACUAUAAGUAACCACCCUGGACCAUCGGUUUUCUGUCCAGGGUCCCUGCUCAGUAGAUUCUCUCCUCUUCACUCUAGAUCCCCCAUUUCACCUCACCCCUCCUGCUGACCUUUGUGUGCUCUGAGAAUCGGCUUCAUGCUAAGUAAGCCAAUCUGUGUGUCUACCCUGAACGACUGGAAAGAGAAAAAUAAACCUUUGCCAAACCCUUCACAGAUUAACUGUACUGACAUAUGGUUUAAAGCCAAAUGUCAUAAACGCUUUUUGAUUAAACCAGGCCUGUUCCCCACUGUUGCACUGUUUAUCUUUUCUACGGCAGGGUUUUUUAAAGGCCACCUCUUUGAUGUACUGUGUAUAUGCUAGCCUGUAUUUGUCUCACUUUUCCACAUUUAAUUUAGUAUUUGUGUUAAAAAUAAACCUUAACGUUUCAUUUUUAAAAUCUUUGUUUAUAUUUAAACGAUUACCCUGGAAGCAGCAGCUCUUUCAUUGGAAGAAGCCCGGUGGAGCGGCACCACCUGCUGCUUGUAAUUCAGCUGGGAGGAGAGCACUGAAGUCACGGGGAGCGCGCUGGUUAAGCGGAACGCCUUUUUAUUUGAGAGCAAAUAGGAAGUAGUUUGUCUUACAUCAGAAAUGGUGUUUUGCUCCUGUACAGUUGCUGAGCCGUAUCAUGGUGAUGGGGCUGUACUUGGCCAUCCGAGCAGGUGACGGGCCAUCGAGGUUUCAUCCCUCUGUGCUCCCUGUUUGAAUAUCACUCAGGUGCCUGGGCUGCAGGGCAAGGCCAGUCACAUCUGUCUCUCUUUGACAGCGUCAGCUGAGUGCUUGGUGGAACCAGCUGGGGGUACUAAGCUCUAUCACUACCCAAGUACUUUACAGACAUGUGAUGUGAAGACCAGUACUCUCGAGGCUUUUCCCACCAGGCCGUAAUACUACAGUGGACUACAUAUAUAUAAUACACUUACAUCCUUCAGGUGCAGUAAUGGUAAUGCAUGGAGUUGAGGCUUUUUAAACAGCUUUUGCAAAUAGCCCUUGUUUCUAUUCUUGAUACAAAUAACUGCCCACACCAUCAUACUAAAACCCAAAACCCAGUGCUGUCGAGUCGAUUCCGACUCAUAGCGACCCUACAGGACAGAGUAGAACUGCCCCAAAGAGUUUCCAAGGAGUGCCUGGUGGAUUUGAACUGCCGACCCUUUGGUUAGCAGCCGUAGCACUUAACCACUACGCCACCAGGGUUUCCGAAACCAAAGCUGUUGCGGUUGAGUCGAUUCCAACUCAUAGCGACCAUCAUACUAAGUACAAAAUGCUUAACACGAUCCAAAUAAUUUGGACUUUUAGAAGAAAUUGGCACUUGGCUCCUACUUGUAAUGUGGUUUCCUGUUCCUGACGCAGUUUGUGCUAAGCACUGACAGUGGGGUGUGGGUAGUAGGCAUUUAUUUCCCUCCCCUCCCAGAAAUGCUGUGUGCCACUCAAUCAGCAGCAAACAUUUAUUCAGACAUUCUGACUAGAGUGUCUUUUUUUCUGAAGCACUGAUGCAUUUCAGGAGCAGAACUUCUUUAAAAACGAAAUUUUAGCCCCUGCUCUUGAGAGAAGCAGCCCUGGUGCCCCAGGGCUAACUGAGAGGUCGGCGGUUUGAACCCACCAGGCGCUCCACAGGAGAAAGACCUGUCGAUCUGCUGUCUUAGAGGCCGCAGGCUACAAGACCCUACGGGGCAGUUCUACUCCACAAUGUGGGGUCGCUGUGAGUUGGAACCCGUGGUAUCAAUGACAGCCUUGGGAUCAAGACUGAAUAUACUACUGCCAGGAGGCUGGCCAUGUCCUGCGGCCUCCAGCACUCCCCUGUGUCUGCUGUGGCCAUGCUGGCCUUUCGCUCCCUUGUCCCUUGCCCCCAGGUGAUGCUGAUAGUGAUCUGCGAGCCAUACUUUGAGUAGCAAAGACAGAAGCACUGAGACUAACACUGCUUGGCUCUCAGAUUAAAUGAAAUGUCUUAACGGCCAAAGAAUGAGACUGCCAUUAAACAUUUCAAAAACAGCGCAGGCAAGGCAACAGUGGGCCAGCACUGGAUUUUACAUGCAGCCAGGCUCUCAUGCAGUUAUCAGCGUGAUAGAAACAUUUUCAGCAGAAAAGAAAUGAUGGAAUUCUGCAACCAUGAACCCUUCCGGUGGAAUCUACUAAAGGCUGAGCUUCAUCCAGACAACAGCUGGGAAAGUGUUGGCUAAAGGACUCGGGGUGGACACUGAAUAUCUGUACAUGUAGAUCUAGGAUCAAAAGGUGAGAAAGGGAUGGAAGGAAAUGUACAAAUGUUCUGUUACAACAAAGUAGAAACAAUGCCACUAAAGAGUGGGAAGCAAUGACAGUUAUAAAAAGUAACGAUAAAGCCAUUACAUAUCAGAACCUAUAGGAUAGAUUUAAAGCAGUAUUCAGAGAAAAUAAAGAUAAUAAAAGGGGAAAAAAAAUGAACUACUCCACUCAAGAAAGGUGAUCCAACCGAAUGCAGAAAUUAUAGAACAAUAUCAUUAAUAUCACACGCAAGCAAAGUUUUGCUGAAGACCAUUCAAAAACGGCUGCAGCAGGAUAUUGACAGGGAACUGGCAGAAAUUCAGGCCGGUUUCAAAAGAGGACGUGGAACCAGGGGUAUUACUGCUGAUGUCAGACGGAUCCUGGCUGAAAGCAGAGGAUACCAGAAGGAUGUUUACCUGUGUUUUACUGACUAUGCAAAGGCAUUCAACUAUGUGGACCGUAACAAAUUACAGAUAACUUUGCGAAGAAUGGGAAUUCCAGAACACUUAAUUGUGCUCAUGAGGAACCUUUACAUAGAUCAAGAGAGAGUUGUUAGGACAGAACAAGGGAUACUGAUUGGUUUAAAGUCAGGAAAGGUGUGCGUCAGGGUUGUAUUCUUUCACCAUACCUACUCAAUCUGUAUGCUGAGCAAAUAAUCUGAGAAGCUGGACUAUAUGAAGAAGAAUGAAGCAUCAAGAUUGCAGGAAGACUCUGUAACAACCUGCAUUAUGCAGAUGACACAACCUUGCUUGCUGAUAGUGAAGAGGACUUGAAGCAUUUACUAAUGAAGAUCAAAGACCACAGCCUUCAGAAUGGAUUACACCUCAACAUAAAACAAAGAUCCUCACAUCUGGACCAAUGAGCAACAUUGCGAUAAGUGGAGAAAAGACUGAAGUUGUCAAGGAUUUCAUUUUACUUGGAUCCACAAUCAACAGCCAUGGAAGCAGCAGUCAAGAAAUCAAAAGAUGCAUUGCAUUGGGUAAAUCUGCUGCAAAGGACCUCUUCAAAGUGUUGAAAAACAAAGAAGUCAACUUGAAGACUAAGGUAUGCCUGACCCAAGACAUGCAUGUGAAAGCUGGACAAUGAAUAAGAAGACCGAAGAAGGAUCGAUGCCUUUGAAUUGUGGUGUUGGCGAUGAAUACUGAAUACACCACAGACUGCCAAAGAAUGAACAAAUCUGUCUUGGAAGAAAUACAACCAGAAUGCUCCUUAGAAGCAAGGAUGGCGAGACUGUGUCUUACCUACUUUGGACACGUUGUCAGGAGGGAUCAAUCCCUGGAGAAGGACAUCAUGGUUGGCAAAGUACAGGGUCAGCGGAAAAGAGGUGGAUUGACACAGUGGCUGCAACAGUGAGCUCGAGCAUAACAACGAUUGUGAGGAUGGUGAAACCGGGCAGUGUUUCAUCCUGUUGUGCACAGGGUAUCUAUGAUUCAGAAAUGACUGACACCUAACAGCAACAACCCUGCUCAAAAGCUAGAAAACGAACGACGCAGAUCAAAAGAAAGCUCAAGGACAGGAAUAGCAGACAAGAGUAGAAAUUAAAGAAGUAGAUACUAAAAAGACAUAAUAAACUUGUUAUUUUUCGAAAAUAAACACCAUUAGCUAACUUAAUCAAGAAAAGACCGAACAUAAAAUUAGGCAAUGCCAAGGGGGAAAUAACCAUUGAAAUAAGGGUCUCAAAAAACAUCAUAAGAUUACUUUGUAGAUUUCUUUGCAAAUACUUUACCCAGGUGAAAUGGAUAGUUUCCUACAGAAAGAAAGAAAGACAGAAUUGACCCCAUUAAAGACAGAAAGCUGAAACAGACCAAUUUCCACAGAAUAAAUAGAGGUUAAUAAGGAGCUACCCAAGAAAUAAAUGCCUUAGGUUCUACGAAACUUUCCAGCCCCCGAGAGUGGUAUAAAUUGUUCCUGAGCGCUGAAAAUCAAAGUUUCCUAACUCUUUAUAUUGUUAUAAGUAUCUAUAUAACAAUUGAUACUUAAACUAAUAAAGACUGUACCAAAAAAAAAAAAAAA